CGGGCGCCUCCAUGGCGGGAGGAAGGCGAUGCUGCUGCGGCGGCGGGGCUUGAGCGGGCCAUGGACGUGAGGCGGCUGCGGGUCAACGAGCUGAAGGAAGAGCUGGGCCGGCGCGGCCUCGACACCCGAGGGCUGAAGGCCGAGCUGGCCGAGCGGCUGCAAGCGGCCCUCGAAGCGGAGCAGGGCCGCCGCGGAGAAGGGCCGGACAGGCGCUAUGGCAUCCACGACAACGCUCAUCAGGACGACAUGCAGGGAUAUCAGUCUUUCGAGCAUUGCGACAUUAAACAGGAGAGUGAAUCUGGAUACGAGAGAGUGCCUCUAGACCGAGAUCAUUCUGGCUUACGUUCAGAAAUGAAGUCAGAAUUUAAAGAAGAGGAACUGGCCCCUGGCUACAACAUGCCUCCCUCUGGCUACAACAUGCCAGCCCGGGGUUAUAAUGCCCCUCCCUCUGACUACACAGGACCCUCCCCUAACAACAGUUCCAGUUCUGGCUACAGUGGCUCAACUUACAACGCACCUCCCUCCAGUUAUGGCACCUCUGAUUCAUCUCAUUCCUGGCAGCAGCAGCAGCAACAACAACAGGGUCGUAAGAGGCCAUUUGAGGAGUCCCGGGGCCGCGGAUAUUACGAACAUCGCGAGGAUAAAAGGGGACGCUCUCCUCAGCCGCCUGCUGAAGAUGACGAGGACGAUUUUGAUGACUCUCUGGUGGCCCUUGAUACCUAUAAUUGUGAUUUACAUUUCAAAGUGGCCCGUGAUCGAUUCAGCGGCUACCCUUUGACUAUAGAAGGGUUUGCUUACCUCUGGUCGGGAGCAAGAGCCACCUAUGGGGUGCGGCGGGGAAGGAUCUGCUACGAGAUGAAGGUCAAUGAAGAGAUCGCCGUCAAGCACCUUCCUCCCACGGAACCUGAUCCUCACGUCGUCCGUAUCGGCUGGUCGUUGGAUUCAUGCAGCACCCAGUUAGGUGAGGAGCUUUUCUCCUACGGCUACGGCGGCACCGGGAAGAAAUCCACCAAUUGCAAGUUUGAAAAUUACGGGGAACCCUUUUCUGAGAACGACGUCAUCACCUGCCUUGUGGACUUUGAAUGUGGCGAUGAUGUCGAAAUGUCCUUCAUGAAGAACGGGAAAUGGCUGGGUUUGGCGUACCGGGUGCGGAAAGACCUCUUGGGCGGCCAGGCGCUCUUCCCUCACGUCCUGGUGAAGAACUGUGCCAUCGAGUUCAAUUUCGGGCAGAGGGAGGAUGCUUACUUCCCCGUCCCCCCGGGGUUCACCUUCAUCCAGCAUCUUCCACUCUCGGAGCGGGUGCGCGGGACUAUCGGACCAAAGAGCAAGUCAGAAUGUGAAAUCCUGAUGAUGGUAGGGCUGCCUGCUGCAGGGAAGACAACCUGGGCCAUUAAGCACGCUGCCGCCAAUCCAGGCAAGAAGUACAAUAUUCUGGGAACAAAUGCCAUCAUGGACAAAAUGAGGGUCAUGGGACUCCGACGCCAGCGCAACUAUGCUGGCCGGUGGGACGUCCUCAUCCAGCAAGCGACACAGUGCCUGAACCGCCUAAUCCAAAUCGCAGCCCGGAAGAAACGUAACUACAUCCUUGACCAGACAAAUGUCUAUGGAUCUGCCCAGAGACGAAAAAUGCGCCCUUUUGAAGGUUUCCAACGCAAGGCCAUUGUAAUUUGUCCCACGGACGAGGAUUUAAAAGAUCGAACAAUAAAGCGCACUGAUGAGGAGGGGAAGGAUGUGCCCGAUCACGCAGUGUUAGAAAUGAAAGCGAACUUUGCCCUGCCGGAAGCAGGCGACUUCCUCGACUCGGUGGUCUACAUUGAGAUGCAGCGGGACGAAGCAGAGAAGCUGGUGAGGCAGUACAACGAGGAAGGCAAGAAAGCCGGACCGCCGCCCGAGAAACGCUUCGACAACCGCGCCGGGAGCGCCGGGGGAGGCUUCCGUGGCCGAGGCGGAGGUGGAGGUGGCAGUUUCCAGCGCUUCGAUAACCGAGGGCCGCCCGCAGGCAGUCGUGGUGGCUUCCAAAACCGUGGAGGUGGCGGCGGUGGAUUCAGAGGCGGUGGUGCAGGAGGUGGAGGAGGAGGAGGGGGCAGCAACGGUGGAGGCAGUGCAGGAGGCGGCGGUGGCGGAGGAGGCUUCAAUCGGGGUGGCUACAACCAGAACCGCUGGGGAGGUGGAAACCGUGACAGCAACAACAACAACCGGGGGAACUACAACCGGAACAACCAACCCCCGAGCAACUACAGCCCAGCACGCAACCAAAACACCUACAAGAGCAGCAGCAAUCUGGGACCCUCCCCUCCAGCCCCUGCUGCUAAUCCUCCUCCCAGUACUUAUCCUCCAGCGCCACAGCAAAGCUACAGCCAGCCCUACAACCCUCCAUCCAGCUACAGCCAAGGUGGUUACGGAGCUCCGAGCUACAACUAUGGGAACUAUGGUGGCUACAGCCAGUCCUACACCCAGCCCCCACCCCCCCCGCCGGCCCCAGCUCCCGCCCCAGCUCCUGCUCCGGCCCCAGCCCCACCCAGCUACAACCAGUACCAACAGUACGCCCAGCAGUGGAGCCAAUACUAUCAAAACCAGAGUCAGUGGCCUCCAUACUAUGGCAGCUACGACUACGGGAGCUACGCGGGCACCUCGCAGGGUGGCUCCGGCACUCAGUGAUGACGGCGUGUCAUUCUUGGAAAGGAGCAAGUCGCUCUGCCGUCUUCGGCAAGUUUUUAACUUGAUAGCGGGCAUUUAUGAGUCUCCAGGGAUCUGGGAAGGACAUUGCCUCUCUGCCCUUCCCUCCUUGCCGUAGUUCCGGAGGGUGGCUGCAUUUUUACCUGUACAGCUAGAGGCAUGUUUUCCUUCUCUCUCUCUGUACCAUCCCCUCUUGAGGAAAUUACAUGAUUUCUUGUCUCUCCUUGUUGAAAAUAGUUUUAUUCCUUUUUAAAAAUUACUCUUGAUUCUGAAGAAGCUCGAGUCUUCAGCCUCACAUCCUUGUAUUUUUUUAGGCCACGAUCCAUCCUCGUAUCAAACGUUCCACAGUAGUUGGGGUGAUCCCUUUUGCAGCCUUCUUAGGACUUGCCACCACCCUCCCACCCCACCUCCCAUGACUCCCAUAAAUUCCAGUCAUUUUGGAAACUCUUCCUGCAGUUUGUUGUCACCUGUCUUUGAGGUGUUUUUAUCUGUCUUUUCUGCAAAUAACUAUUAAAACUGGAGGGCAAAGAGAUGGCUUAUCUUAUGGUAAUUACAGUUUUGGGUUUGUUUGUUUUUUUAGAUUUUUCUGUAACUUUUUACUGUGGGUCAGCAGCUGUUAAUAUUUUCAUCAAGGUAACAAUUCUUUUUUGCUCAAUAUAGGAGAGGGGGAAAAACAAAAGAGGGGGGAAAUCAUCUUAAAUGUGUAACUUUUUAUACAAUGUCUAAGUUUCUGUAACUUUGCACAUGCUUUGUGUUGAGUUGAAUUGUAACAGCUUUUUGUAUUUGGAGAGGAAAAAAGAGUGAAUAUUGAACUUUAAAAUA